AUGAGCUUAUCUACCUUUGGGAUCAUUAGUGCCAUCAAUGAAUGUGUCAAUUUGUUCCAGUCAGCAAAAUCUGCCAUUUCAUCUCUGCGCUCCCGAUGGAGUAGCUCACAUGAGCAAAGUCUCCAGGAUCAUGUAUUGCAAUUACAAAGUGACCUACAACGUCUCUGUAACUCUCUUCCUGCAAUGUACGACCUCAUUAAUGGUGCAGAGUGGAGAAGUUAUGAAGAGCGUGUAGCCAAGCUCCUUCCGAGUCUCAAGGAUGCUGUGUCUGAGGCUGAGGACCUUAUUGAUGAGUUCAGAUGGUACGAGAUGAAGGUGCAAGUGGAGGGCAAUGCAAGCCAAUCUCCUUUCAUUGACUUCCUUGAUAGUGUCACUCAUGGCAACUUCAACAAACUGAAUGAUAUCCAAUUAAGUUUGAAUCACCUUUCGGGUCAGAUGGAGAAUAUGGGGCUUCGUGGAGUUACACAACGCUUUGACAAAGUAGUCAGGCCAGAGACCACCUCUUUAUUGUCUAAGGAAACGAAGAUAUAUGGUCGUGAUAAGGAGCUGAAGGAGGUUUUGGGAUUUCUUAAUGUACCUAUAUGUCCAAAACGAAAGAGAGCAACAAGUCCGAUGAAUGCAUCAACAAGCACAUCAUCAAGCAACCAUGUUAAUAGUGAAUUGACAAUAUUGAGUCUUCCUGUUUUGGUGAUAACUGGAAUUGGUGGUGUUGGAAAGACAACUUUGGCCCAACAUAUCUGUAGCCAUCAACAAGUGAAGUCUCACUUUGAAUUGAUUAUUUGGAUUUGUGUCUCAGAUAACUUUGAUGUGAAGAGGUUAACUAAAGAGGUCAUACAAUCAUGGUCCGUAAAUGAGGCAAAGAAUGAUAAUUUGGAUUCUCUUCAGCGCGCUCUUUCUAACCACUUGAAUAAUAAGAGGUUACUGAUAGUCCUUGAUGACAUGUGGGAUGAUGCCUUGAAGGUUAAUGGGCAGUGGGAGUUGUUUUGUGCACCUUUUACAAGUGUCCAGGAGGGAAGUGCAAUGUUGGUCACUACUAGAUGUCCAAAUGUCGCUGGGGGGGUGCAGACAAUGGAGCCCAUCAUAUUAGAAGGUCUAAAGGACGAUGCCUUCUGGAAUUUCUUCAAAUCAUGUGCUUUUGGAUCUAUGGGUUGUAACAAUGACCCUGAGUUAGAGCGUAUCGGUAGAAGAAUACUUCCUAAAUUGAAGGGUUCUCCUUUGGGCGCCAAAACACUAGGACGCAUGUUAAGCAUGGACCUGCAAGAAUCACAUUGGAACUUUAUACUUGAGAGUGAAUUGUGGGAGUUGAAACAAAAGGAGACUGACAUUUUGCCUGCCCUUCGGUUGAGCUACAUUUAUUUACCAUUAUAUUUGAAGCAAUGCUUCGCAUUUUGUGUUGUGUACCCCAAAGAUUACAACUUUCAGAAGGAAUACUUAGCUGAAAUUUGGGUAGCAGAAGGCUUUGUGGAACCUCAUGGUGGUAUUCCAAUUCAAGAUAUUGGUUGUCAGUAUUUUGAUGACCUUGUAGCACGGUCCUUCUUUCAAAAAUUGAGUUACCGGAUAGUAUUGGCAACUGGAAGCAUCUUCGGUACCUUGAAAUCUCUGAAGAUUGUUUUAUAUGCCAAGAGAUGCAAACUAGAAAGCUUGCCCUGUGACUUUGACAGAUUAUCAUAUUCUGCUGGGGGACGCACCCAUUUGAAUUCAGAAGAUGGGCAGAGACAUGGAUUUGGGUUACUGAAGAAUCUGAACCAAUUCCGAGGACACUUGGUGAUAUAUAAUAUUGGCAUUAUAAGUAAGCAUCACGCAGUUGAAGUUGAACUGAAGAAUAAGAAAUAUCUUGACAAGUUGAAGCUGAAUAUGUGGGAUAUGCAUGAUACACAUGAUGCUUUAGGCUUCCAUAAUUUUAAUGUCCGCGACACUGAGAUAAAAGAGGUGCUUGAAGUUUUGCAGCCUCCUAUCACACUCAAGUAUCUGUCACUCGAGAAUUAUGCCGGUAUAUCGCUACCAAGCUGGUUUCAACCACAAAACUUGCCAAACUUAAAAUCACUUAAUUUUGCAGCCUGUGUUGGAAUCGAGAGCAUAUUAUCUCCCAUGAUCUCACAGAGUGUUAACUUACAUGAGAUACCUGUGGUUGCUAUUUUCAUGUCUUUGACUGACAUAACCUUUGAUGGGUGCGAAAGUAUAUUAAGCCUUAAUCAUUUUCUGCUUCCAGAUUAUGUACCAGCCAUCAAGACAAUAACAAUUGAACGUUGCAAGAUGUUAGCAUCAAUACCAACUGAAGUGUUUGGGGGUUUUCACUUCCUUGAAGAAUUGUGGAUAGCUAGUUGUCCAAACAUGCGCCUCCAAAGAUUGGUUUCGCCGUCCCUCAAAAAGCUCACUUUGUGGAAUUCUAGUCUCUUUUGCAAUAUUGACUGCUGCUCCCUCACCUACUUCUAUUUAGAAUGUGAAUUUGUCACGUCCAUCCAACUACAAAUGUGGAUUCUUCCAGCUCUACAGAUGUUGCAUAUUGAGUGCAAAUCUCUUGCUUCUAUUGGAGGUUCCCCAAAUCUUUCCAUUUCUGCAAGCACUGGCAGCAUUAGAGCAUUCUCGUCCCUUAUUGUCCUAUCAAUUCGUAAAUGCCAGAAGUUGUCGACCCUUGAUGACUUCCUAACACAAAAAUAUCUACCUGCUAUUGUGAAAAUUGAACUAUUGUAUUGUAUGGAGUUACUGUCCUUGCCCGGUGAAAGUUUUGGUAGUUUUACUUAUUUGAAACAUCUGAUCGUUAAUGAGUGCCCAAGUCUCAAUUGGCAAAGCGGAUUGUUGUUUCCAUCAUCCCUCCAGAGGCUCGCCUUUACGAGAAGUGGGGAUAUAUCUUCGUAUGUUCCUGACUGCCUACAGAACCUCACGUCCCUCGUCUCAUUGAAGAUUGGUGGCCUGAGUAUAAGAUCCAUUCCUGGCAACAUUUGGCACAACAAUCUUGCAACGGUUAAGGAAUUGAUGAUUGAGGAUUGUCCAUACCUAGUUUCACUUGGUGGAGCUAAGGCAACUGCAAAAAUAAAGGUGACGAUAUACAAUUGUCCAAAAUUGAGAAGAGUACAUAAUAUAUGCUGA